AAAAAAAUUAAACAAAACUGAAUACUGACGUGUACUGUGUACCUACAACGAUACGUUUAUUGGAGAUUUCGUAAUUUCAUGUAGAUUUCUAGAAAAAUAACCAUGUCGGCCAACGAGAGACUAUUAAAUACGGAAAGAGAAGAAACGCCACAACGCAGUGAACCUACAUCUGAGCGCGAUGCGUAUUUCCAAGCCCUCAGGCUCUGGAUUCAGCAGGCGCAAGUGUAUCAGAAUCUUUCGACAUGUUUUCCGUAUUACAUGAUGUCUAUACAGGGACUGCAGACCAAUUCGACUAAUCCACCCCUGAUCAACAACAACUACCAGUUGCAGGGCGGCCAGCAGUUUCCGUUUCAAAUACCCGUUCCCCCACGGCCUCCUGCCGACAACCAACAAGCGGAAGAAAACCUCACUGCUGCAGAAGUAAUUUCUAGGCAUGGAGGAUAUGAGUACAUAAUACCGCCCCUGUACAAGAGGCUGGUAGCAGAGUUUAUUGACUUCCUGCUGCUGUUUAUCCUGAAACUUGUUGUCACAUUUGUGGCUGUAGAUGUUUUUGAAAUUAUCGACUUGGACAAAUUUGACUUCUACAAGUUGAGUGAGGGCUAUGAUGAUUAUAAAUAUGCCAUGGAGCUUACUUCAGAGAUUCUGUUUUUGGAAGUUAUAUACAGGAUACUUGUGUGUAUUUAUGAGGCAUUCUGUUUAAGCAGUAACGUAGGACGAGCUGGAGGAGCUACUCCGGGCAAGAACCUCCUGGGCUUGAGAGUGGUGACAGCCACAGCAGUCAUCCCCGUUGAGGGCCGAGCCAAGCAGACUGUCCUACUGUACCCGGGAAGGCCUUUGAGCUUCCAUCUAGCAUUGUUCAGAUCACUGAUGAAGAACUUUCUCAUUUCUCUACUGUUUCCGUUAUUCUUUAUACUAUUUGUGUUUCGGUUUAAUCGUACCGGAUAUGACCUGCUCUGUGGAGUCAUAGUCGUAGAAGAGAAUAUUUUCCCCGUGAGACGGUUUGCACCAUAAUCUGUGGAACGAGGAUUUUGCAUGAUGUACAAAUUGAUGGUCAUAUUAUUUUGUAGAUUUUUUGUUAUUUUGCCGGUUACUGAUAAAACAAUGUGCA